AUGGCUAAUGUUUUACAGCAUUUUUGGGGCCUGUCCCUCUUACUUUCACUUUAUUUAAUUCACUCAAUAUCCACUUCCCAUGUUUACAUUGUCUAUUUUGGGCACAACCGAAACCGAGAUCAUCUUCUUACAUAUCAGUAUCAUGUUGAGCUUCUCUCUAGUGUCUUCGAAAGCAAAGAAGAUGCAAAGCAAGCCAUGCUCUACAGCUACAAGCAUAGUUUCUCGGGUUUCGCUGCAACUCUUAAUUCAAGCCAAGCAACCAUCUUAGCUAAUAUAGAGGGAGUGAUAUCGGUGUUUAGGAGCAAGACAGUCCGGUUGGACACCACAAGAAGCUGGGAUUUUAUGGGUCUUUCCGUGGACUACAGCCAAGGAACUCCAUCGCAGCUAGCUUAUGGUGACAACAUAGUUGUUGGUGUCUUUGACACAGGUAUCUGGCCAGAGUCUGCUAGUUUUAAAGAGGAACCUGGCAUUGUACCUGUGCCUAAUAGCUGGAAGGGCAAAUGCAUGCCUGGAGAGAAAUUCAAUCCAGAAAAGCACUGUAACAGGAAGCUGAUUGGAGCCCGUUAUUACCUGGCAGGGUUCGAGAGACGAUAUGGACCGUUAAACAAAACAGGAUACCCAGAAUAUCGAUCCGCUCGUGAUUCCCUUGGUCAUGGAACUCACACAGCUUCCACGGCUGUGGGUUCGCGGGCUAAGGAUGCAAGUUUAUUUGGUUUCGCUCAGGGCAUUGCACGGGGAGGAUCCCCCAGGGCUUGUCUAGCUGUGUACAAAAUAUGCUGGAACAGAAAUUUUGACGGAACGUGCACUGAAGAAGACAUAUUAGCAGCUUUUGAUGAGGCACUGCACGAUGGAGUGCACAUCAUAUCGGCUUCAUUUGGUCGAAGGCCACCAUUGUUGCCAUUUUUUAAGUCCAGUUCCGGUAUUGGUUCGUUUCAUGCCAUGCAAUUGGGUGUUCCUGUUGUAUUUUCGGCAGGUAACAACGGCCCUGAUCCAUCUCUUGUCGGAAAUGUGAAUCCAUGGAGCAUCUGUGUAGCCGCCUCCACUAUUGACAGACGUUUUCCAACCAAGAUAAUGUUGGAUGACAUCAUCUCUUUCGUGGGUGAAGGUUUGAUAGUCAAAAAAGUAACAGGAAAACUGGCAGCAGCUAAGAGUUACUUUUAUGGAGGGGUUUGCGACUCGGGGAAUUUGAGGAACAAGUCGGCCGCAGGUAAGGUAAUUUUGUGCUUCUCUGGACAGGUGAUGAGCGAAGAUGCAGAGGUAGCUGUAAGACGAGCCCAUGCAGUGGGGUUAAUAUUUGUUCAGCCAUUGACUAGGCCAAUUGCUGCAGCUAGCAUCAUUCCUGUUGUACGCAUUGAUUUUAUCCAAGGGACUCAAAUAGACCACUAUCUUGCUUUGUCAGUCGAACUCCCUAUUGUAGAGAUAUUUCCAAGUGCAACCACCGUCAGAAGUCCACCAGCGCCAAUAGUUUCAGAUUUUUCUUCUAGAGGACCAAGCUCUAUUUCCCCUGAUUUUCUUAAGCCAGACAUAAGUGCGCCGGGGAUCAACAUAUUAGCAGCAUGGCCUCCCAAUAUUUCUCCCACUGUUUUUUCAACAGACACGCGGUCCGUGGUUUGGAAUUUUCAAUCAGGGACAUCAAUGUCAUGCCCUCAUGUAACUGGUGUUAUUGCCAUUGUCAAAUCUGCACAUCCAGACUGGUCUCCUGCUGCGAUUAGAUCUGCUCUGAUCACCACUGCAUACCAAACAGACAUAACCGGCGACAGAAUACAAGUUGGAGCAUCAACAAAGGCUAGCGAUCCAUUUGACAUUGGUGCCGGACAUGUAAACCCAUUGAAAGCAAUUGAUCCAGGACUUAUAUAUGACAUGAACACUAGAGACUACAUUAUUUUUCUCUGUAAUAGUGGUUAUACAGAGGAUCAGAUUAAAGCUAUGGUUAUCUGCCCAUUUAGUACAUGUGCCAGCUGCCCAGAAAAAUAUGAACCAAAUACCAACAUAAAUUACCCAUCCAUAAGUGUACCCAAUCUCCAGUGGGAAACAACGAUCAAAAGGACUGUUCAGAAUGUUGGACAUAAGAAGACAGCCAUAUACUUCGCGAGAACUGUAAAUCCCAAUGGGGUGGAGGUUGAGGUUUGGCCAAGAAUCUUGAUAUUCUCACCUUUCAAGGAAGAAAAUACGUAUUUCGUUACCCUUAAACCGGUGAAGGCAUCUCAAGGGCGAUAUGAUUUUGGUUCUAUAACAUGGUCUGAUGGCUUUCAUUAUGUUAAAAGUCCUCUGGUUGUUCAGCUCAACACUGCUGCUACUACCACUUCAGAGGUUGAGGCUUUCUGA